AUGUCUUCGACGACGCGUAAUUUGCAGCACCAGCCGCUGCAAAUAUAUCAAGAUCCGGUUACGACCUUCGACCAUGCUCCAAUGCCCUCGCCGAAGAACAAGUCGAAUCUUAAGAAGCCAUCGCCCCUUCGAUCAUUGAAGAACGCGGCAACGAGGAGGAAUAUCGUGUUCAAUCCUCCUCAAGAUGGACCACAUAAGCCGUCGCCUUUCAAGGCAGCCCAGCAAUCCUCGAGCUCUCCUUCCAGAGCACCAUUUGGUAAUAAGCUCAACAUGAUACCCAUGCCACCGCCCGGAGGAUCAUCAUAUAACACCGAUUCGAUGGAGAAGAAGCAGCCCUUAAUGUCGAAAUUCAAAACUGGCUCAAAUGCUGGUCCACAAAAGGCACUCUUCACAACCUUUUCAAGUUCGGCUGUUUCCGAGAAAGAAAAUUAUCCACAACCUUAUUACCCCGAUCCUACGGCAUCAUACAACGAUGGGAUAUCCGGAGGGAACUUCUCUCUUGAGGGUCUUUACAGUCAAAAACCACCAGCAAAGCGAUUGAUGGAUUCUGCACCUAUAAAUGAAUCUAGACCUGCUAAAAAGACGAAGAUUGAAGAAGGGCAACAAGAAGAAGUCUCCGAGGCCAUCUACCUACCUAGCCCGGACUCCUUCCCACCCCUUCACGACGAUGGAUCUAAACCAUCGCAUAGCUACGCACAACUCAUUGGAAUGUCCAUACUCAGAGCCCCAGCUCGCCGGUUGACCCUUGCACAAAUCUACAAGUGGAUCUCCGAUUCCUAUUCUUUCUACAGUGCAUCUGAUGCCGGAUGGCAAAAUAGCAUUCGACACAAUCUAAGUCUCAACAAGGCAUUCAUAAAGCAGGAGAGGCCAAAGGACGACCCAGGAAAGGGAAACUAUUGGGCCAUUCAGCCCGGGAUGGAGCACCAAUUUAUCAAGGACAAGUCGAGAAAGGCGGCUGGGAUCAAUGAGAAUGGUCCAGUCAUGACCACCCACUCCACGCCAGCAAACCAGCCCGAACUUCCACAGGUUCCUCUCCCUCAAUCGGGGUAUUUCAAGCCAUUAGUCCCUGCACCGAGACCCCAAGAACUUCCUGCAAAGCCGUCAUACAACCCCCCGGAACCACAAUUACCUGCUAUCUCUGAAGAAUUGUCCUCCGAUGCCACCAUUCCAGCGUCUGAUGCCUUCCUCGAGCCUGAACUGGAGGAGCCGUGCCAAGAAGCUGCCCCUUCAUCACCCCUUAUUCGGUCUUCGCCUCCACCAGCAAUGAUGCAUUCUUCGCCGCCAAUUCCACGCCAUGUUCCCAGGAGACACGAUACCCCACCUCCUGUUCCUCGUUUUCCUUCGUCGUCAAGAUCUCGAUCCCACAAGCGCAAGUUCGCAUCCAUGGAUGAUAGCGGCUAUUUCUCGUCUCUAGAUUCCUCAGCCAUGCGGCCUCACCGACUUCUCACUUCAGAAGCUGAUCGGCCAAGAAUGAAACGCGGCCGUGCCGAAGAGGAGAUUGCACGGCUCCGUGGCUCUUCAUAUGAUAGUCCUACCAAGUCACGCGCUUCCUUUGCUCCACCCUCAUCAUCACCUGUACGGCAAAACACCAAAAAGAAAUUUACACAAAUGCUGCCCCCUCUUACCCCAAUGGUCAAGCUGAGGGCUCCUAUUCGAGCUCCUCCAUCUGUAUCACCUAAUACCAACCUUCGAAUGCACCGGGACAAAGUCCGGGAGAUGGUCGGCUCGCCACUUCGUGGAGUCACGUCCCUCGACGAAAACCUUCCCUGGAGUCCAGCAUUCAACAUAGAUGACAGCUAUCUAUUUCAAGAAUUCACAAACAGUGCUGAUUUCGACAUCUUCACCGACAAUGCUGCUGGCUUUCUCUCCGUUCCUGGCAUGGGGUCUCCAGAAAAAAGAUCUGCAAAGCGACCUCGACUGGAUCGCUCGAGGUCCGCCAAUAUUCUUGCCGAUAUCUCCAACACCAACUAUAACAAGAAUCUCACCUCCACACCCUUGUUGAAGCUGACCCCCAGCAUACCCAACUCAACAUUGAAGUCACCCAAGAAAGGGUUUGGAUUGGUGGGUUCGCCUACUAGGCUACUCAACAUGGACGAAUCUCCCUUCAAAUUGCCAGCCCAGUCACCCUCUUUCAAUCUCCAGGCUUUCGAUCUCCCUCAUGACGACUUCCUUGGUGCAGAAUUCUUAUCCGAAGAGUUUGAUGAUUUCUCAGGUGUAGACAUCAUGCAAGGUUUCCAGAAGAUUGGUGCAAGUGGCUCCAAUCCAUCGCGCAAUACACCAAAAACAAACACCAGCUCUCGACCUCCGUUUGGUAGGAGCUUCACUUCUCGUUUUUAA